UUCAUUCUGAACUGAUUGAUGUAAACAAAACAAAACAAUAUAACUCACAGCUGACACGAAAAAUGUAAAAAAUAUGACUACAGCCUAAAAAAGCAAGAAAAACUCAAAAACUGUGAAUUUAACAAUCAUUAAAACUUAAUUAGUAACGAACAAAAAACUUUUAAGAAUUUUCCACAAACCGAAGAAAAUGGUACGUUGUAUUGUGAUAAAUCGUAAGUCGGCCUUAAUGCUAAUCUGGAUUUUCGUGCUGAGUGGCAUACGACAAAGUUACACGGAUGAUGCAGACAACAAAGUUACCACCAGCAACAAUAGCGAAGUGGCUCCCUAUGUGAUACGCAACUUUAAUGAAACGUCGCAGCAGCUAUCCCAGUGUCAGAAUACAGCCAAUAUAAAUUGUAGUGAACUGCAGUUUCCAUGCAUAAAAUGUUACUACAAUUACACCUGCCACUAUGGUCAAGAAUUGUAUGUCAACUGUUCGGCUUUGCAUCAGGUGGAGUGCCAGGGUAGCCGUUGGUUUUGGCAUCAAAUGAAUUGUCGUUAUUGCUAUCAAACCGAGAAAUGGCAACAGAAAUGUGUUCAAAAAGGCAAUUGCAAUUCGGUAAAUGGCCAAUAUUAUAAAACCAACUGUACCGUUAGUCCGGAUGUUUUUUGUCUGGGUAACCGUUCGUUUUCGCGCAAUAUUAAGUGUAAUUGGACACAAGGUUAUCGCUGGAGUACGGCUGUAAUAAUAAGUUUAACUUUGGGAGGUUUCGGAGCCGAUCGCUUUUAUUUGGGCCAUUGGCAGGAAGGUAUUGGUAAACUGUUUAGUUUUGGUGGUUUGGGUGUAUGGACGAUAAUAGAUGUAGUAUUAAUAUCAUUGCAUUAUCUGGGACCUGCUGAUGGUUCUUUGUAUAUUUAAGGGAAUAUAAUAGCAAAAAACUCUAGGCCUUAAGUUAAGUUUAAAAUGUUAAUAAUAAAGAAAAACUAAAAAAUAAACCAAAAUAUACUCAAAUAUUUUUAAUAUUAUACCACAA